CUUAAAAAAAAAAAAGUAUUUAUUUAUUUUUGAAAACAACCAGGAUUGGCCCUGUUUGUUUUUUAACGUUUGCACAUAGGUUUUGUCUUAGGUGACCCGUUCUGCAUGUUAUUUUAAGGGAGAAAGUCUAGGUCGAGCUUACUAUUUAAAACCCUUUCACUUUCGAAUUCUGUGCCACGGACAAGGAAAUUACCCUGCGCGCUUUGUCAAACGCCUGCGUCAGUUUGGAAAACUUAACACGCACACAGUAGAAUAGAAGUAGAAUAUAGUUUAUCCACUUUAGUACACAAUGGCUCUUUUCGACGUAAGCGGCUUUAAGCCUUACUCUGAACUCCGGGGGCAGAUUCUUCCAGCAGGACAGACGCAUCUGGUCGACCGAACCAACCACUACAAUUUUGGGACCAAAACUCAAGAAUUUGCCGUACCUCUGGGUCUAGACCCCUCAGGGUUCCUCAAGUCCUGCAACCGUGAUGGAGGUGUGCGUAUUGACCUGAACCACGGUACGACCACCCUGGCCUUCAAGUUCAGACACGGAGUCAUCGUGGCCGUGGACUCCAGAGCCUCAGCUGGACGUUACUUGGCUUCCAACGCUGUCAACAAGGUCAUAGAGAUCAACCCCUACCUGCUGGGCACCAUGUCGGGCAGCGCUGCAGACUGCCAGUACUGGGAGAGACUCCUGGCUAAGGAAUGCAGGCUCUACAGGCUGAGGAACGGCCACAGGAUCUCUGUGGCUGCUGCCUCCAAGCUGCUGUCUAACAUGAUGCUGGGUUACAGAGGCAUGGGCCUCUCUAUGGGAAGCAUGAUCUGCGGAUGGGACAAAGAGGGCCCUGGUCUGUACUACGUGAAUGACAAUGGGACGCGCCUGUCUGGCCGUAUGUUCUCUACCGGCUGUGGAAGCAGCUACGCCUACGGUGUGGUGGACAGCGGUUACAGGGAAGACAUGACGGUAGAAGAGGCGUAUGAACUGGGCCGUCGCGGCAUCGCUCACGCUACGCACAGGGACGCCUACUCCGGUGGAGUGGUCAACAUGUACCACAUGCAAGAGGACGGCUGGAUAAAGGUGUGUAAGGAAGACGUAUCAGAGUUGAUCCAUCGCUACAGGAAGGGAAUGCUCUGAGUUGGACCCCAAAGCCCGCUUCGACCUGAAACACUCUGAAAGCGGUCGGGUCAAAGGUUUCUUUUUGGAUUAAGAGAUAAAAUCUCUUUUUGGAAAUUAAUGUCUUCACAUUGUUUUCCAGCAGAGUGUGAAAGUAAGUGUGCGUCCGUUUCUGAUUUUGGGUGAAUGAAACGUCGGUCAAAGCAUAAAUAGUUGAACAGAACAAUUUCUAACCCUACAUAUGAAUGUAAACUUCAGGGGGUCAAACGGUCAUUAAAAUGUCAAGAUAUUUGUGUGGUUAUUGUUCUUUAUAUUAUGCAGUGGGCGUACUGUACAUGUUGAUACUAUAGCCCUCCAAGCUGGCUUCAGUGUAGUAUUUUAUGAUUUGUUCUAACCACACAUCCUGUUAAAAUGAUCUUACCGAUACAACACACACCUCCAAAUAAAGACUGCU